CCUCAACAAUACUAUAUACUGAGCUAACCCAAGCUCAUUGCAUUGUUAAUUAUUAUCCAUUUUGAAAAAAAAAAAAAAAACAAAUGAAGAACUUUGUUGUUGUGUUCUUUACUUAUUAUGUGUUGUUGAUCUUGGCAUAUUCCGGGUAUGCGCAAGAUACAACAACACUUGUUCCGGCAAUCUUGACGUUCGGAGACUCCGUCGUCGAUGUCGGAAACAAUGACUAUCUCCCAACUAUCUUUAAAGCAAAUUACCCUCCUUAUGGGAGGGACUUUGUUAAUCACCAAGCUACAGGGAGGUUUUGUAAUGGCAAACUAGCUACUGAUAUUACUGCUGAAACAUUAGGAUUCAAGAGCUAUGCACCAGCAUAUCUGAGUCCAGAGGCAUCAGGGAAGAACCUCUUAAUUGGUGCAAAUUUUGCUUCAGCUGCAUCUGGUUAUGAUGAAAAUGCUGCUAUUUUGAAUCAUGCAAUUCCAUUGUCACAACAACUAGAAUAUUUCAAGGAAUACCAAAGCAAACUGGCACAGGUGGCUGGAAGUGCCAAAUCAGCUUCAAUAAUCAAGGAUGCAUUGUAUUUAUUGAGUGCUGGAAGUAGUGAUUUUGUGCAAAAUUACUAUGUUAACCCUUGGAUCAACAAGGCCUUCACUCCUGACCAAUAUUCAUCUUACCUUCUAGAUUCAUUCACAAGCUUCAUUAAGGGGUUGUAUGGAUUGGGAGCAAGGAGAAUUGGAGUGACAUCACUGCCACCAUUGGGUUGUUUACCAGCAGCAAGAACUUUAUUUGGUUUCCAUGAGAAUGGAUGUGUGUCAAGACUCAACACAGAUGCUCAAGGAUUCAACAAGAAGAUUAACUCAGCUGCUUCAAACCUUCAAAAACAGCUUCCUGGCCUUAAGAUUGUUGUCUUUGAUAUUUACAAGCCUCUACUUGACCUUGUUCAGUCCCCUGCAAAAUCUGGUUUUGUGGAGGCAAGGAGAGGUUGCUGUGGAACAGGGACAGUGGAGACAACAAUCCUGUUGUGCAAUCCAAAAUCACCAGGAACUUGUCCUAAUGCAACCCAAUAUGUCUUUUGGGACAGUGUCCAUCCUUCACAAGCUGCUAACCAAGUUCUUGCUGAUUCUUUGCUUCUACAGGGCAUUUCUCUUAUCUCAUAAGGAAUUUAUAUGUAUAAUCAUUGUUAUAUUUUAUCUAUAUAUAUCAAAUUAAAUGUUUUAGUGUUAUACUACUCAUCAAUCAUCAUCAUGUUUAAGUGAUGUAAAAGUUUUAUAUUUUUCUGGGGUCUAGAUAAAUCUGCAUUAUAUGUUCUGUAUGUAUUACAGUACAUCUUAUGAAAUUUCUGGUAAGGUUUGUAAACCAAUUUAUAAUUUUAUGAUAUAGAAAUUUCUGUUAUUA